AUGUCAGCAACAGAUUCGAUAUGUAAGGAAGGGCUAAAACAAAAACAAAAAUGUGUCGAAUUUUCAGCUAAACGCAGCCAUCCGUUCCCAUAUGUCAUAGGUUGUAUAGAUGGUACGCACAUUUCCAUCUCACAACCAGUUAAGGACAGUAUUAGUUUUUAUAAUAGGAAGGGGAAGUUUUCAAUUGUUGUCCAAGCAAUUGUGGAUAGUCAUCUUAAGUUCAUAGAUGUGUUUAUUGGCUGCCCCGGACGAUGCCACGAUGCUGCUAUAUGGGAAAUGAGUCCUAUUAGAAAGUCAAUAGUCAAGGGAGAAUUAAAAAUUUGUUCCGGUUACCAUUUAUUAGGCGAUUCCGCAUAUCCGCUGGAAACCUUCCUAAUGGUACCUUAUAGAGACAAUGGUUUUUUAUCACCUAAAGAAGUUCAAUAUAACAAAAUUUUAUGA